GAUCAAAUGUAGAAAAGCUAUGCUGAUGCCAUUUUUUUCAAUUUUCAUGCCCCAUUCCAUGUUCAGAAAUCAGAAGUUCAGAACGUUCUAGUUCCCGCCUAGCAAAAGUUCCACGUAGAUAGGGAUUAGGAAUCGUUCUUACUUGCUAUUCAGCUAACAAUUUGAUUUUUGAAGAAAUUGCCGGUUAGAAAAUGGCCCUUUCUGUGAUAUACUGUGUUCUGCCCAGGAGGGUUCUCUUCAGCAUUUACACCGGUCAAGUUAAGGUUCACUCCUUCAGAAAACUCCUUUCACCUCCGGUUCCACACCUUCCGCGCCGCCGCUAUCGGUGCUAUUGCCAGUUGGUCUCCACGGUUGCGUCGUCAGCGGAUAUUUCAUCUUCUGUGAGCGACAGAGAAAGGCAAAUCAGAAGCCCUAAGCUAGUGGCAUUGGAAUACGCUGAUCUCAACCUCACCGAUAAGUUCUGCGAGGAGGUGGGUCAUGUCCGGAUAAGGCAGCAUGUUAACCCUUUGCGCUCUUCCCUCUUGGCUCCUACCGAAGUGCCAAACUGGAGUGAAGUAUACAGGGACUCAUCGUUGCCGCUUAUGGUGGAUAUAGGCUGUGGUAAGGGGUAUAAUUUACAUGCCACAAUGCUUGUUCUUUGUGGAUUAUGUCCAAUGGCCCUCUUGCAUGUUACUGUAUUUUUCUAAGUUACAGGCGGUGGCAGAUUUCUGUUGUAUCUUGCUAAGCAAUGUCCUGAUUCCAAGAAUUAUCUGGGAUUUGAAAUUCGUCCAAAAUUGGUUAAACGUGCUGUGUACUGGGCAAAUGAGCUAGGUCUCAAAAAUAUACAUUUCAUGUUUGCAAAUGCCACAGUUUCUUUUGAGAGAAUUGUGUCUACAUACCCUGGACCGUUGCUGUUGGUUUCUAUAUUGUGCCCUGAUCCUUAUUUCAAGAAAAAGCAUCAUAAGAGAAGAGUUGUGAAGAGGCCUUUGGUUCAAUCCAUAGCUGAUCGUUUAGCACAAGGUGGACAGGUGUUUAUACAAUCUGAUGUGCAUGAAGUGGCUAUUGACAUGAAAGAUUGUUUUGAUGGGAUGUCCAAGCUCCUUCACAUAGACAGUGUUGAUUCUAAUGUACUAUGUGACAGUAAUGGAUGGGUAUUGAAUAAUCCCAUGGGGAUAAGGACGGAAAGGGAGAUCCAUGCUGAAUUUGAAGGCUCCAAAGUUUACAGAAGGUUAUAUGUAAAAAAAGUUGAGCACUGAUAUUUUUCUUUCACCUAACAUAGGUAUGCUACAUUAUAGUAUUUGCUCUUCAAACUGGUGUCGUCAGCUCUGUUCCUUAUCGCGAUAUUUGGAUUAGAACUUAGAAAAUCUUGUCCGGCCUAACACUCCUGUUUUGUGAUCUUCUUCCUUAUUUUUUGAGGUGUUUGAGCCAAUUUUAAGUGUGGAUACUAUACUACUCCGUAGCUUCGAAUUUCUUGUACUACUAAUUAUUGAAGCCAAUACUGUAAAG